CGCGUGAUGCCAGUGGUGCUGGGCAGCCGCAGGGCGAGUCAGAGCUCACAAGCGGAACCCGGGUGCCCCUGUCAUCUGAAAAAAACACGCGACACUUGGGCGUCCUCAGGUCUAUAGGAACAUUUAUUGCGCCCUGCAUUUGGUCCGAUGAAGUGACUGCAUUUCCCAGUUUAUAACGUUACAGGAAAUGCCUUAGCUGGGGGUGGGAGAGGACCCCCUCCCCGAAACUCAACAGGGGCGGCAUUUCCGCCCCCGGGGUGGGCCCAGGAGUCUUCCGACCGUUACCUCCGCGCGGAGCUGCGCGCGUACUUCCCGGGAAUGGAGCGCGCGUGGCCGCCCACGUUCCGCUGCUUCUAACGCCAGGCGAACCCGCCUCCGGGGCGGGUCCCGGCUCGGGAGCCCCCGCCCAGCUGACCGAGCCGCUCUCCCCUCGCUGGCUGCUGCCCGGCGUGCAGGACCCGGCCGCCGCCAUGUCCGGCCCGUUCGAGCUCUCGGUGCAGGAUCUCAACGACCUGCUCUCGGACAGCAGCGGCUGCUACAGCCUCCCCAGCCAGCCCUGCAACGAGGUCACCCCAAGGAUCUACGUGGGCAACGCGGCUGUGGCUCAAGACAUCCCCAAGUUGCAGAAACUGGGCAUCACCCACGUCCUGAACGCUGCUGAGGGCAGGUCCUUCAUGCACGUAAACACCAGUGCCAACUUCUACAAGGACUCCGGCAUCACCUACCUGGGUGUCAAGGCCAACGACACACAGGAGUUCAACCUUAGCAUCUACUUUGAAAGGGCUGCAGACUUCAUUGACGAGGCCUUGGCUCAAAAGAACGGCCGUGUGCUUGUCCACUGCCGCGAAGGUUACAGCCGCUCCCCAACUCUAGUUAUUGCGUACCUCAUGCUGCGUCAGAAGAUGGAUGUCAAGUCUGCUCUGAGCGUUGUGAAGCAGAACCGUGAGAUCGGCCCCAAUGAUGGUUUCCUGGCCCAACUCUGCCAGCUCAAUGACAGACUUGUCAAGGAGGGGAAAUUGAAACACUAGGGCACCCCCACUACCUCUUCUCUAGAGGUUGGACAGGGGACACCUUGGUUGAGGUGUUCCAAACUGCCAUGUUUAGGAAACACAGUGUACCCUGCUCCCUGUAUCACCAGGCACUUGUCCACAAAUCUGUCCCAACACAACCCUGGGCCACUUUCCCCCUGGGAAGCACAUAAAGCUUGCUAAGGAGGACAUUCUUGCUCCCCGUGUGUCCUGUGCCUACAAUUUAUUAUGUCCUCUCCUUGAGGUAGGGUCACGGAGGGAGAAAGUCUGGGACAUGCAUGCUUCUGGAUGGCCCAGGGCUGGAGGUCUGUGGAAGUGUAAGGCCAGACAGGCUCACGGGGCCCUUCCUGAUCUUCCCUGCCCUGCACCCCUGGGUCCUCUCCUGAGUGGGGACUGCAGCACCUCGAGCCCUGUAAAGGAACUAUGCAACCCCGGGCCCCUCUUCUCCCCCAAGUCUGCCUUCCCAGUCUCAUAGUCGCCCACACCCUGCUCAUCGGCAGAGGCGUGUUGUGGGGUCUGAAGCCAGUGUGGGAUGGCCGUCAGUUGUUAGUGGGCAGAAGUUCCCAUGAAGAGACCACGUUUUAAUUAUUUCCAUAGGAUUAAAGAUACUUUAACAAAGAAGCCCUCAGGUGGGCGAACAAAUUCCCCUGGUGGUCUCUCCUGAAUCAAUAGUUUCUGAAAUGUGAACCCUUGGAAGUCUUGAGUUCCGCAGCCACUGGAAUAUUCCCCUGGGCCAGCUCUUAGUCACUGGGUUUGUUAGAAGAGCGAUGCCUUAGGCAUGGUUUUAUUUUUCUUUUUUAGAAAACAGGGUGUACAAGUUCAGCCUAUUUAAAAACCCCACCAUUUGGAGAAUUACAAGGGUUUUGUCUUGAAUUAUAGUGUUGGCGAGCCCAAGCCACUCGUGCUAACUGCUUUUUGUCUCGGUUGCUAUUCCAAGAACAGGAGGAGGAAGUUGGCCAAUUACAGCGUGUGUGUGUGGGUGUGCAUGGGGGUGUGUGUCUCAGAAACACAGCCAGAGGACCGACAAGCAAGGAGAUGAAGGGUCCCCGGCUCACACCCUGCCCACUUACAGGUAGUUCUUACGGCUCUCCGGUGCCAGACAAGAUCACGGACCCUUGAAAGCAAAAAUGACUCAGCCAGGUAGAAAUGAAACAUGGCGCGCAUCCAAGUGGAGCCUGAAUUGGUGGUAGAGCAAACAAACCAACCAACAAAAAGAAACGACCAUUUUUAGGAUGAUGGAGGGAUACACUAGCUCUCACACACGUGUGUGCACAUUUAUCGGAAUACAGGAUUUUGUUUUCAACACAGACUUGUUAGAACUUCGCAUGAUUGUCGUCGUGGAAGAUGAUGCACUGUUAUCAUCUUCAGGUUCCCUAAUGGCAGAGUGGUGUUGCUCAGCUGCGCCCUCAGCGCCUCACGCAUUGGUGUCUGAUAGAAGUUUGUGGAAUUAAACUUUUUUUUUUUGAGCACCAAAUAUAUUUAGGGCAUUGUUCUGGUGGGUGUAGCCAGCUCCCAGAAGCCUGAAUUUGUGGUAGGAUCACUUGCAAGAAUUUGCAAAGGAGUCUUACCCAAAAUGAAAUAUCAGGGACUUUUGUUGAAUAAUUAAAAUUCAGUUUCAAAUGUAAAUUCAGGCAAUGUUAACAUGUCAAGGUGUGGAAUGUGCCUUUUUCAGAGUCGAUCAGGAGCGUUCGGCCAGGACUAGGAGAAGCAGGCGUGCCUUCGGGCCUCACUCACAGGUGUAAUGGUCUCUAUCUCAGCAGGGGCAACAUUGGGCAGCUUGAAUGACCCCUUUUCUCUGUGGCCACAGCAGCCCUGAACAAACUAGGAUCUGUCUUCUUUUUCAGACACUGGCUGUCCAGAUAGAGCCACCUACGUGAAAUGGCCAUCCUCUAAACUCCGUACCUCACAGUUUUCAGAUAACUCUCCCACUUAAUCUAACUUGAUUCUCACAAUAACCCUAGAUGGUAGAGCGUAUUCAUGUGUGGUUAACCUUUUUUGAAAAAAAGAGCUGAGGUUCAGAGGGAUUAAGGGCAUGGCCCCCAGGGUUGCCCAGCUCCAGGCAGAGUUGAGGCACGAUUUCAGGUUUGCUGCUCCCUGAAACUGAGUUCCCUCUCGUACUACACUCCUUCUCAAGAAAUGAGCCCCCUGGGAGUGUCCAGGUGCACUGCACAUGCCCUUGACCCAGCCUGUGUGCACAGGGCCAGUUAGCUUUUUUUGGACAGAGUACGACAAUUCAAGCUGUGGUGCCAAGGGGGGCCGUUUCUGGAUGAGGGUGGGAAAGAGUUGGCACAAACCCAUCCUCCAGAAAAAGGAAGUAAAAGAUUGGGUUGGAAUGUGUUGCUCUUCUUCUAGGAAAAAUGUAGUAUCCCUAAGUCAGACCUUUCUGCUCCAUUUCUGGAAGAGGCUCAGGAUACGGGGCUGGGGCCUCCCUCCCAUGCCCAGGCAGUGGUCACCCCACAGCUCCUUAGUUGCUCUUGAAGGCCUGUUCGUGGGGGCAUGAGGGAGAAAAGGUCAGUGGGAGAGUUACUGCCUUUACUUUGGGACUACUUUUAUGCUGGUAACUUGGGAUUUCUUGAUAGUCCUUAGUCUUAGAAACCCCAUAUUUACUUCAUGAGAUUUAGCUCCUAGUUCUUUGAGUAAAUAAAAUUUUAUUGUGUAAGGAUGAACACUGUCCAGCUGUGAGUGGAAGCUGUUUCUGGACAGCUUUUUUACCCCUGGGAAGUGUAGGAAUGCGAACUCAGGGUGCCCUCCCGUCUCCCCUAACCUGAUCCCUUUCUUUGACUAGCAGACCCCACAAUUAGAGCACCACACGUUGCUUUUCUGUUCUAAAGCAGUACACCUUUCACAGGCAGGUCUGUUUCCCUGCCACUCUAAGUUAUCUGGAGAGCAGAAAUCACCAUCUAUCAAUGAAGGGAAUUCAUCUGAAAGACCUCUAAGGUUACUUUUGGCUCUGACACUUGGGGGUUCUCUAAGAAUCCCCCACUUGGAAUUGACCACCACCUGAAAAUUAGAGGGCAUGUAAUAAUAUGGUGACCAGCAGGUGGUGCUGUGUUCCCCCCGUGGUGAUGGAUAAUUGGAAAAGGAAUGUUGGUGCCUUUUGUGUCACGAGUUAAUGUUAAGAUGCUAACGCUUUAAUUAAAAUAAGCACUGAUCUUAUAAAGAUAUGAGCUUUUCUCACAGGAAAUUUUCUAUCGUAAAAUCGGUAUCAAGAAUCACUGAAGAGCCAACAGUGAUGAUCCUUCCAAGUUAAGAUUGUAUCCUGACUGGAAAUUGAGACUGUCUCCGGUUGAGAGAGUAGAUUGGUUGGAAGCUUACGUUACCUCCUGUCAGCUUUUAGGGUCAUUUGAUUGUGAAAGUGUGAGUUUUCUGGACAGAAAAGGGGAAGGUAUUAAAUUGGUUUUAAAAAAAAAGUUCAAGUUUAAAGUUUAACACAUCUGUUAUAUCACAAAUCCGUGUUAAAAUACUAAUACUGUAACCCAAAUAAAUGUCUUAUAUUAC